GGAACAAAAAAAAAAAAAAAAUGAGGGGAGGAGGUUUAUGGCAACUCGGCCAGUCGAUCACCCGCCGUUUAUCCCGGGCCGACAAGAAGCCCGCCGCAGCCCGCAGGUGCUUCUCAUCCGAAGCUGAUAUGAAAAAGACUGUCCUUUACGACUUUCACGUGGCCAACGGUGGGAAAAUGGUCCCAUUUGCUGGGUGGAGCAUGCCAAUCCAGUACAAAGAUUCGAUCAUGGACUCAACUUUGAACUGCAGGCAAAACGGGAGCUUGUUUGAUGUGUCCCACAUGUGUGGCCUCAGCCUAAAAGGGAAAGAUUGCAUCCCAUUUCUCGAGAAGCUUGUUGUUGCUGACGUGGCGGGUCUGGCUCCCGGGACUGGAUCUCUGACCAUUUUCACGAACGAGAAAGGUGGAGCCAUAGAUGACUCUGUGAUUACUAAGGUGACGAAUGAUCAUAUAUACCUUGUUGUGAAUGCCGGGUGUAGGGAUAAGGAUCUUGCCCAUAUUGAGGAGCAUAUGAAGGCUUUCACGUCGAAAGGCGGGGAUGUUUCGUGGCAUAUUCAUGACGAGAGGUCCCUUUUGGCUCUCCAGGUGAAAACCGAGACGAUUUUUUACUGGGAGUUGAAUUGUGAAAUGUGGUUAUCUUGUUAUGUGUUAGUGGUUACACCUGGUCCCCUUGCUGCCCCAGUUCUUCAGCACCUGAUGAAAGAGGACCUGAGCAAGAUAUACUUUAGCGACUUCCGGGUUUUGGACAUCAAUGGUGUUUCCUGCUUCCUGACAAGAACUGGGUACACGGGCGAGGACGGUUUCGAAAUCUCUGUCCCUUCGGAGAAUGCAGUUGACCUCGCCAAAGCCAUUCUUGAAAAAUCCGAAGGCACGGUGAGGCUAACGGGCCUGGGGGCCCGUGACAGCCUCCGCCUAGAAGCAGGCCUCUGCCUGUACGGUAACGACAUGGAGCAGCACACCACUCCAGUCGAGGCUGGGCUCACGUGGGCCAUAGGGAAGCGGAGAAGGGCUGAGGGCGGAUUCCUGGGUGCUGAUGUCAUACUCAAGCAGAUUGCUGAGGGCCCGCCCAUUAGGCGAGUUGGGCUUUUCUCAGCGGGCCCGCCAGCCAGGAGUCACAGUGAGAUCCAGGAUGAAGGAGGGCAGAGCAUAGGAGAGGUCACGAGUGGAGGCUUUAGUCCCUGCCUGAAGAAGAACAUAGCCAUGGGGUACGUUAAGUCUGGGCUCCACAAGCCCGGAACAAAGGUGAAGAUUGUGGUCAGAGGAAAGUCGUAUGAUGGGAAUGUUACGAAAAUGCCCUUUGUCCCAACCAAGUAUUACAAGCCGUCUUAACUGUUCGGUUCGGUUUUCUUUGACUUUUUUUUUUUUUUUNUUUAAUUAUUUUGCUUGUUGAAUAAUUGUUACCUGCAUGGAAUAUUUCUUGGUGAAACUUGAAGUUUACAUUUGGAAAUUUGUUGAGUUUUAGAAGAGGUCUGCACAUCUGCAUGUGAGCAAAAUGGCUCUAUAAAAA